GACUUGCGAGAUCAUGUGACUCAUGACUUGGUCAAAAUGGCGGUAGAACAGAAAUAAAAAUAAGUUUUCGUUUUUCUGUAUAAAUGGCAGAUGGAAGUUCAAAAUACAAUUGUUUAAAGAAGGAAUUUAUUACAAACAGUAAACGAUUGACAAGUGAUGUGACGUUUUUAGACAAUAUGAGCGAAGAAAAUACAGCUCACAUAAGUUCAGGAGAAAUUGAAAGUAAAAGAACACAAAAAUGCAACGAACUUCUACUUAGUCCUGUAAUGCUGUGUACAGCGGCUGAACCACCGUCAGAAACAGAGAUCACAAGAAUUAAACUAACGAAAUCUGUUAUGCCAAAAAUUCUUAACAGCAGGUAUAUGCAGUCAUCAAGAUUUUUUAGACUACAUGAUGAUGAUCCAAUAGAAAAUGAAAACAGUGAUUUAGCAUUGGGAGAAUGUGGUCAUAAUAUCAAAUGUCACAAUGAUGAGAAAAGACCACAUGAUUUGUUGAAAAGAUCUCAAAACUCAAACAAAUACAAUGAAGAUUAUUCUUUGAAAGCAGAACCAACGUCCUUAAAUACAGACAAUUACCACUCCAAUAUAUGUGACUGCAGAAACUGUUUAAUAAGCUCGGCUGGACACAAAAGUUUACCAAUACUGCCAACACAAGAUUCAUUAUAUGGAAAAUCAAUAUCUAAUCAAACUUAUUUGAAGAAGCAUAAAAGCAUACCGUACCUCCAGUCAGCACUUUCAAAACAGACCUUUGAUGAAGUUGAAAUAGAGCAGAGUGAAAAAGUUAAGAAUAAACUUAUAUCAGUUUGGAAUAAUGUUAGAUAUGGUUGGACCUUGAAAACUGAAACAAAGUUUGGAAAAGACAGUCCAAUAUUUCUGCUUGGACGAUGCUAUCAUAAAAGACCAAAUGAUGAUGACCCAGAACCAGGGGAAGUUAUCCAUACACCACCAAGCAUGGAAUUGUUCAAGCAAGAUUUUCAGAGUCGGCUCUGGUUUACUUAUCGCAGAGAUUUUCAAGUAUUACCACAAACAAAGUUUACAACAGACUGUGGCUGGGGAUGCAUGUUGCGUAGCAGUCAGAUGAUGUUAGCUCAAGCUUUUAUUUGCCAUUUUCUCGGAAGAGACUGGAGAGUACAUAAUCAAACGAAAGAGCAAGAAACAUUUUAUCGUCAAAUCAUUCAAUGGUUUGGUGAUUCAUUAAGUGACCAGUCUCCAUUUUCUUUGCAUCAUCUGGUUGAGUUAGGAAAGGUCUUUGGCAAACAACCAGGAGAGUGGUAUGGUCCUUCUUCUGUUGCUUACAUUAUCAGAGAUGCAGUUAUUAAAGCAUCAACAUCUCAACCAGUGCUAAAAGAUGUGUGUGUUUAUGUUGCUCAGGACUGUACUGUGUAUAAACAAGAUAUUAUGGAGAUGUGUUCCACAAGACCAAGAAAUUUGACAAGUUCAGAUGACAGUGAUAAACAAGAUAAUGGAUGCUCUAGUCAGAUCAGUAGCUCAAGUUCUCAAAAUAAUCGAGACUGGAAAAGAUCUGUGAUUAUUUUUAUACCAGUACGGCUUGGUGGGGAAGAAUUUAAUCCUAUCUAUUCACCAUGUAUAAAAAAUCUCAUGGCUCAAGAAUCUUGUCUAGGAAUCAUUGGUGGAAAGCCAAAGCAUUCUUUGUAUUUCAUUGGAUGGCAAGAAGAUAAAUUGAUAUACCUAGAUCCGCAUUUUUGUCAAGAUUAUGUUGACAUUUUAAAGAGGGACUUUAAGAUUGAGUCCUUUCACUGCUUCUCUCCUCGUAAAGUAUCUCUGAGCAAGAUGGAUCCAAGUGCAACUGUAGGCUUUUAUUGCAGGACAAAGGAAGACUUUGACAGAUUUGUGGAACAUGCAGAAGAGAUGGUUACACCAAAGAAAGGCAGUGGUUUGUAUCCAAUGUUUGUUUUUAGUGAAGGAAAAGGGAGUGAUAUGAACAUACAUGACUUAAGUCUCAGUAUAGAAAAAUCAGUGAGAGUUCGUCAUGUCACAGUUGACCAGUGGGGCAAAACUAGAUCAUCAACAAUUGACUCUGAAGAAUUUGUAGUGUUAUAGUAUACCUGAAAUAUGCAGUAUUUAAGAAACAGCAGUUGUUGCCUACAUGAAACACCAGAAGAUACGUAGGAAAUAUGCAUAUUCAAGAUACAACAGAAGAUAGCUACAUGAAACACCGGAAGAUACAUAGGAAAUAUGCAGUAUUCAAGAUACAACAGAAGAUAGCUACAUGAAACACCGGAAGAUACAUAGGAAAUAUGCAUAUUCAAGAUACAACAGAAGAUAGCUACAUGAAACACCGGAAGAUACAUAGGAAAUAUGCAUAUUCAAGAUACAACAGAAGAUAGAUACAUGAAACACUGGAAGUGAUUGUGUAAUGUUAUUUAUCUAUACAACAUAAAAUCAAGUCCAGAUCCUGUAUAUAGAAACUUAAACCAUGAAUAUAUGGCAACAUGAACUGAUAAAUAUAUGACCAGAACUAAAAGUUUGAUUGAGGUACAAAUUUUUCAAAUCAGUCUAGCAAAAAUGAAACACAUGAUCCCGUCUUUUUUAUUUUCCGAAUGUUCUUAGUAUGUGUUAUCUUUUGAAAAACUGUGGUUUAAUGAUAUUCUACGUUGAUCUGAAAAUGCAGAAUUUCCUUAAAAUUCAUGUUAUAGAUUCUUGUGAUAUAUAACCUUGCAUGUCAGUCAGUCAGUCAGUUAUGUAGUGACUGGAGAACACAUGGACAUACAAACGUACUUAUUGGCAAAUUGAUUGACAAGGAUGUGUUUAACUAAAAGAUUGUAGUAUUUUUUAUGACUGUAAACAGUUGACUUGAAAAUGCCUAGACUAAAAUGUGAUUAAUAAUUAUAAUUAAUGAUUUAAACAAAAUUUGCAACUCAUAAAAGGCACUAAGGAACAUGAGAAAGGAUAUUUAUAUCCUUAUAAAAUGUUAAGGAUGAGAAACUGGUAUAGGUGGAUGGUCCAUUGCUCAUCAUCCUGUUUCAACAUUUUACUUAAAUAUCUCCUGAAAUUAUUACACAGAAUUACGUUAAAGUUUGUUAUUGUAUUAGGGGUAGGGAUUAGGGAUUUAACGUCGCACAGACACAUGAUAGGUCAUAUGGCGACUUUCCAGCUUUAAUGGUGGAGGAAGACCCCAGGUGCCCCUCCGUGCAUUAUUUCAUCACGAGUGGGCACCUGGGUAGAACCACCAACCUUCCGUACUGAUGCUUAAUGGUUUAAUAAUACAGAAAUAAUGAAUGAAUUGCCGCAGAAACGCUUCAAAACGUAAAAAUGCCUUAAAAUGACGUCAUUGGCGUCGUGACGUUACGUGUCAGUCACCGCACAAAAUUAAUAGCUUUUAUUUUGAAAGUACAUAAUUUUGUGCAUUUUGUUUAUUAUAACCCCACCAAACAUGUUUGAGGGGGUUAUAUAGGAGUUAGUUUUGCCGCGUCCCAUCCCGUCGCGUCCCGAAAUCUAUUAUCUCAGUUAUUACCAAAUGGAUUUGAUUCAAACUUAAAAUACAUGUUACACCUUAUCACCCACAUCAUGUGACACAAGGUGCAUAACUCUUGACACCAAGUUUUCAUGAAUUAUGUCCCCUUUUACUUAGAAUUUAAGGUUAAUUUUGUUGUAUUUUCACUAUAUCUCAGUUAUUACUAAAUGGAUUUGAUUCAAACUUAAAAUAGAUGUUCCACCUCAUCACCCACAUCAUAUGACACAAGGUGCAUAACCCUGACGCCAUUUUUUUUAUGAAUUAUGCCCCUUUUUACUUAGAAUUUAAGGUUAAUUUUGUUGUAUUUUCACUAUAUCUCAGUUACUACUGAAUGGAUUUGAUUCAAACUUAAAACAGAUGUUCCACCUCAUCACCCACAUCAUGUGACACAAGGUGCAUAACUCUGACACCAAGUUUUCAUGAAUUAUGUCCCCUUUUACUUAGAAUUUAAGGUUAAUUUUGUUGUAUUUUCACUAUAUCUCAGUUAUUACUAAAUGGAUUUGAUUCAAACUUAAAAUAGUUGUUCCACCUCAUCACCCAGAUGAUGUGACAUAAGGUGCUUAACUCUGACAUAAAUUUUUUAUGAAUUAUGUCCCCUUUUACUUUAAAUUUAAGGUUGAUUUUGAUGUAUUUUCGCUAUAUCUCAAUUAUUACAAAAUGGAUUUGAUUCAAACUUAAAAUAGAUGUUCCACCUCAUCACCCACAUCAUGUGACACAAGGUGCAUAACUCUGACACCAAUUUUUCAUGAAUUAUGCCCCUUUUUACUUAGAAUUUAAGGUUAAUUUUGAUGUAUUUUCACUAUAUCUCAAUUACUACUGAAUGGAUUUGAUUCAGACUUAAAAUAGAUGUUCCACCUCAUCACCCACAUCAUGUGACACAAGGUGCAUAACUCUGACACUAUUUUUCUUGAAUUGUGUCCCCUUUUACCUAGAAUUUAGGUUAUAACACACUAAAUAGCCACCACUAUAUAUUCUAUAUAAAAUGACAAGUUUUCACAAUGCUGCAAUACACAUCUAGACCCAUUUUAAAUUUCUUUAACUUACAUUUUCUUGUAGAGCAACAUUAAUACUGUAAAAAUAUCCAAAGAAAAGUAGAGGUCAUGUUUGAUGCAAGAAAAAUAUUUCUGGUCAAACGGACACACCGUAAUUUUUACAUUGAAAUGACAAUCACAAUUUAGGGUAGGGGUGUAUGAAUAAAUUUCACAUGUUAAAUCAGUUUGGAGUCUUUUUUCAACAUGCAAAUGCUACCAGUAUGUCAAGUAUAGGCAUGCAAUAUGAUUUCAACCAGUAUAUAGCAAUGAUUUCAAGGAAAAAUCCUUCUUACAGCAAAAAAAACUGAGAACUAUUUGAAUCCGCCAUUAUGCGACUACCAUUUUUUCAUAGGUGCUCAGGCUAUUUAGUGUCUGUAUGCCUAUAAGGAAAUAUGAAAUUUUUUUUUUCAGCUUUUUUGCUCUCUAUGUGAAGUUUCAUCUAUAUUCAGCUUAUAAAACAAGUUUCAGCCCAAACAAACCAGUAGUUUUCUCAAAAUCACUAUUUUUGUACAGCCAUCAUUUUGUCCAAAGACUGCGGUUUAAGCUGUUAAAUUUGGCUGAAUCACAUAUAGUCAUUAAGCGCUGUUUUUUUUCAAAAAACCCGUAAGAUAUUACAUCAAAUAUACCACCAGCAAGUGCGGAAUAGACAACCACACAGAAAAAAACUGAUAAUUAUGCAACUGUGAUAAAAUAUAGAACAAAAUUAGUGUUGAGUGAAUUUUUUUUGUUAAAAAAAAGCUUAUUUUUCAGUAAAAAAUGGGAAAAUUGUCUUUUUUUUCAUCUCAAAUGCAACACUACUGCAUAUUUUUGCAUUCUAUAGCUAAAGUCAUAUCUCAUGGCCAUGGUAUUCAAGUUCUCUCCAACUAUUCCUGUCAAAAUGUAACUAAAAAGGUGUUGAUACUGCACACCUGGUCUCUGCUCAAAUGGAAUGAAAUGGUAUCUAAGGAUAUUACUAAAGAUCUUCAGAUUUCACACCACACAGGUGAUGGAGAUUCUAAAGGUCAUUCUGAUGUAGACAAAGGUCAAGGAACUUAAACUGUGCACUUGAAAGAUGUGAGGCACCUAGCAAAUUCUCUAAAAAGGCAAAUUAACCGGGCACCAUUUAGAGACAAAAUGUUCCGUGGUAAACAGAAGUCUAAUCUAAAAACAGAUUUGCUCUAUCUAUUAAAUCUAGGUGUGUUUCAGAGCUAUCAAGUGCACAUAAGAAGUACAAAAGCAAUUUGAAAGUAAUAAAACACAAAAUGCCUAAUAUAAUUUCAGAAAUAGUACUAUGUUUCAAAGGUUACUGUGGUACCUCAUGUUCUAAAUACAGCUUGGUUUGUUCUGGCAACUACAGAAAAGCAAAAAACUAUAUGCCAGACAAUGUCAGGCUUAAAAUGACUGAUGAUGAUGAGACUUUACUCAGGAAAUGUAUUGAAAUUCUCCUUGGUCCAGAAAGCAUAGAAAAAACUAAAUUUUUAACAUCUACACAGAAAUGUGAAGCAGUGAACAGAUCCUAUAAUGCAUGCUUGCCCAAAAAUGUUACAUUUCUCCGCAACUGCCAUGGCCGUAUCCAUGGCCAGAUUCUAAGACUAAAUCAUGGGCUUGCUGACACUGUUAUCCUUAAAGCUAGGGUAAAUGGUGUAAAACUGUCACAUGGCUCUUCUGUUAUCAGACACCUUUUAAGAACAGAGUACUACGACAAGUUGUGUAAAACUACUAGGUACAUAUCGCGAGCAAGACACAGUUGUUUUGCAUCACGCCAGUAUAGGUACAAAUUACAUACAGAUUUACACUAUUCAAAGGGUCUCACUGACCCCAAGCCUGACUUUUCUAGCACCCCACACCUAAAAGAUCAUGCUUAUGAAUAGAAUGUGAUAUUAGGAUGAAAUAAAGAUGGUUAUAAGUAAAAUUAUUGUGCUGCCUUGUGGCCAGCUGAGCCGGCACUGCACACAUAUAACAAGUUAUAUUAACCGCACAAAUGUAAAUAAGCCUUGUAUAAGUUGUAUAUGUAAUAGUGCUAUAUUUAUCAAAAAUAUUAUACAAAAAUAGUAAACUACUGUAUACCAUAGAAUACAGUCCUUGAAAGAAAACUCCCUAAACUUAUGGCCUGAGCAUUGGUCCCCACAUUUCUGCCUUUCAUUAUUUAUGAACUGGGGUUCAAUGCUCAAAUGUUCCGGGUUCACACACAGAGAAAAGUGGCAUAUAUGCGACACGUGUAGGCCUUCGGGUAUUUUUAAAAUAUUUCUAGUGGCCUGACACAUAAGUCUGUGCACAUAAUAUUGUUUUCUGACAGUUUCUCCAGGCAGUUUUGUGGUUAUUUUUCCAUAGCUAGGAUUUUUAUUUACUGUCGUACAACCAAGCCAUUUCCGACACCCUUUUCCCCCCACCGGUAUAGAAUUAUCAUUUAUUUUUUGCUUAAUUCUUUCAAAAAUCAAUUGUCUGGGUUGAUGUGCCAUGUUUACAAAAAAAAAUUUAUUUGCAGAUGACAGAAAAUUUUAGUAAUUCUACCGGGUGACAAUUCUUAUAGGUUAUAACACACUAAAUAGCCACCACUAUAUAUUCUAUAUAAAAUGACAAGUUUUCACAAUGCUGCAAUACACACCUAGACCCAUUUUAAAUUUCUUUAACUUACAUUUUCUUGUAGAGCAACAUUAAUACUGUAAAAAUAUCCAAAGAAAAGUAGGGGUCAUGUUUGAUGCAAGAAAAAUAUUUCUGGUCAAACGGACACACCGUAAUUUUUACACUGAAAUGACAAUCACAAUUUAGGGUAGGGGUGUAUGAAUAAAUUUCACAUGUUAAAUGAGUUUGGAGUCUUUUUUCAACAUGCAAAUGCUACCAGUAUGUCAAGUAUAGGCAUGCAAUAUGAUUUCAACCAAUAUAUAGCAAUGAUUUCAAGGAAAAAUCCUUCUUACAGCAAAAAAAACUGAGAACUAUUUGAAUCCGCCAUUAUGCGACUACCAUUUUUUCAUAGGUGCUCAGGCUAUUUAGUGUCUGUAUGCCUUUAAGGUUAAUUUUGAUGUAUUUUCACUAUAGCUCAUUCUGAUUGGCUUAGAGCCAAAGGGAAGUAACCUUUUUUUAACCUUUGUACUGAGUUUCUUCCCCUUAAAUUCCAGGAAUUAGUCUAUUUUUAGAAAUCCUAUUUUUAGAUUUUCAAUAUUUUAGGUAUUUUUCUAACUUUUUUAUUAUAAGUCCUAUGUAAAAAGUAAAAACAUUUUUCCGUGGUAACAUGGGUCGGUAAGACACUUUUUUGUCUAAUAUUAGAGAUUUUAUAUAUUUACUAGUAUUACUAUACUAGUAUUAUACUAGUAUUACUUAUAUGUGGAAGCCCAGGAUGAAGUACUCCAAAGUAUUUUUAAGAUUCCUUAUGGUUGCCAUUCUUCUGUGACAAGACGGUAUGGUGGGGGUAUGAGUCACUCCUGUGACAGUUCUAGUUUGAACUAUUUUCAAACAGCCAUUAUUUGCUGAAAUAAUUUUUAUGAGUCUUUUGCUCUGAAUAAUAAUCAAUAUUUUGCUUCUUUUAUGUAGUUAUAUCGAAAUGUUUUGUGGAAUGUAAGAAAAUGGAUGAUAGUAACCAAUGUUAUUUGGAAUAUAGUUGGAUGAAAGGUUACUUGUUAUGGCCAUUUUCAAAUAAAAAAACUGGCAAUUUAAUUUGUAAUGCCUAUUUUUCAGUUUCCAUUGAUAAUUUGUUACUUGUAUACUAAAACUAAGCUCUAAACCUGUUCAAAUUUCAGUAGAAAAUUGUAGUUUCUUGAAUUGAAUUGAUGUUACCAUGGAAACAACCCGUGACCUAUAUAUCUAAAUGUAAAAUUCAAAAGCGUUGACACUGGUCUAUUUAAGGAACACAGCUUCGGCUUUUUAGCUCACCUGUGACAUAGUGUCAAGGUGAGCUUUUGUGAUCACCCUUCAUCCGUCGUCAGUCCGUGCGUCCGUCGUCGACUUCUUCUUGUCUGCACAAUAGAGGUUUCAUUUAUGAUUUUAUUUUAACCAAACUUGCACACAACUUGUAUCACCAUAAGAUCUUGGUUCUUUUCUUGAACUGGCCAGAUCCCAUCAUGGGUUCCAGAGUUACGGCCCCUGAAAGGGCAGAAUUAGCUAUUUUGACCUUGUCUGCACAAAUGCAGCUUCAUUUAUGAUUUUAUUUUAACCAAACUUGUUAAACGACAUAUACAUUUUAAGCUUAUAUUAGAAAGCUAACAUGCAUACUAGUAAAAUUAUCAAUUAUCCACACUUCCAACGGAUAUCAAUGAAACCAAAAUACACUGAAAAGUUUUAAAUAUCCGUAUUUUCCUUCUAUCAAUAUAAAAUACCUUUGGAGGGUCAUGUUCUUCAAACCUGGAUAAAAAUUGAACUUGAAGGGACAGAGAUAAACGAAAUCGAGAUUGUAGCAGUUAAAACAUCAUAUUACACGAAAUAGAAAAAAUUGCUGUGGUUCAGCUAAUUUGAAUUUACCCUGGUAACAAGGUAACCUACCUCCUUAAUAUUUGUUAAUCAUACCCUCUCAGUGACUCGCUUAAGUUCUACUUCUGUUUUCACUUGAAAUGAUUCACACAUUGACAAAUAAAGACUGACAAAUCAUU